GGUGCGGUAAUGGCGGGAAAAGGAAUCCGUUCUCAUCUCCAAGCAAUCCCCGUGGGAGAUGUCAGGGAGAGCAUCGCCUUCCUCCGCUCCACUCUCCAAAAUCGAAGUUUUGGAAGUGAGACGCUCUGGGCUUUGGAAUCAAUUCUGGUGGCCAGAGACGUGAGAUCUCUGGUGAAGACGAGAGCGGCAUUGCGAGAUCUCUUGAAAUCAGAAGCCACAUCUGUUUUGGGGGAGAUUUCAGAUAGUAGCACCGAUCUGAAGCUUGGAAUUGUGGAUUUCUUUGUUAAGGCUUUUGCUGUUGUGGGAGAUGUGGAAAGUUGCUUGGCAUUGAAGUAUGAGGCUUUGGUCCUUCGGGAUUCUAACAAUGGUGAAGAUGAUCACUCCCUGCGAGUUUCUUUUGAAGAAUGGCUAACUUUUGGCAAGGAUUCACUUGAUAAUGGAUUUUAUGCUAUCGCUGUGAAGGGAUUUGAAAAUGCACUUUCAUGUGCUCAACCUGAUAGAAAUGUAGAUUCUAAACAUGGCAAUCUCGUCACUAAUGUCCAAAUGGUCAGCACAGUAACAAAGCUUAGAGACAUGGCCAGGGCAUUGAUUGCUUCACAUUCUGUUCAAACGCAAGCAACGGAGUAUUUGAAAAGAAAAUUGAAAGAUCAAGGCAGCAGUUUGUGCUUAAAAGAGAAAAGAAACGCUGCAAGUUAUAUGUUCAGAAGGGGCAUUAAGAAUCGGAGCCUGAAAAAACUCUGUCGAAGUCAAGAAGUUCCACUAAACUAGCAAAAAGUUUUUCUCAUUUUUACAUUUCAAGGGUAGGCCAAUGCUUUAUAAGAGUUCCUGGACAUGUGAUCCUUCUGGUAAUCUGAGUCUGAAGUGUAUACUUUCUAUUGAUACUCCUGUUUUUUGCUUUCUGUUAUGAUUCUUCUGAUUGAGACAAAUAUUAUCAGGAUCAGAGCUUCAUUUCUCUUGAAUUAUACUGUUAGAUGUUCAAGUUCUGAAAUCAUAGCUUAGGUCCAUCCUCAGGGCUGUAAAUUUAGUGGUUAAUUCCGGGGCACUCACUAGCCCAAGCCCAGCCUGGGUAUAAUAUUUUAUUUAGAAUAUAAGUCAGGGGAUAUUUUAUUUUCCAGCCCCGCUUCCUGGACUGACUAUGGCCCCAUUUGAUGAAGUUCCAAACUUUUUACAUUUUUUUUUAGCUUCUUACCCCAUCUCUGAUAUCUUUUGAAUUUUAGAGGAUGCAUUAGCAUCAAAAGACUAAUCUUGUUUCCCUCGCUUUUACCAACAGCAGUCAGCUUUUAUG